AUGGACCAACGGAAUGUCGUUAUCAAGAGGGUUCGCCGACGACAACACAGCAGCUGUGACCAGUGCCGAAAAGGCAAACGAGCAUGCGAUGCGGCGUUCAUGAGAGAACAGACACACUUGGACACCGUCGCAGGGACUGCGUCCAUAGCCCGAUACGAUCCUCAUCAAGGAAAACCUCGAGCCCCGGCAGCCAAGUGUUCCAACUGCCAGAAAGCCGGUCGCAAUUGUACCUUCGACUGGCUGGAAUGUGCCUUGCCCAGAGCGACCAAAGGUAUCAAGAAGAAGCUGCAAUCUCGCAAUGACGGCGAUACGGCGAAGGAAAGGUCCGAAACUCAGUUCUCAACCCAACAGUCGACGUACCCGUCCACGCUUGAGAGCGACCCUGACUUGUUCUCAGACGUCGGAACACAAAAUCUGAAUGUCGCGCACGUCAAUGAUCCCGAGUUGUUCGAUAUUUGGGGUUCGCCUGAGAUACUCUUCGACCAAGGGGUAAGCGAGGGGCAAUUUCUGGACUCUUUCGCAACAGACACACAAGCAGUGGGUUGGGAAACCUCCUUCACCCCCACCAAUAAUCCUCCUUUUCAGCUUGAUUCCAGAUCGUGGCCGGGAAACGAACCCGUGCUGCGUUUGGUGGAAAAUGUCCAGGAUCCAGAAGAGAUGGUUCUGGAGAAUCAGCAAUAUAAGGGAGCAGACCAAGAGCUAUAUUCGACGGAUCCAUGGUCUCCAGAUACGCUCCUGCUCACAACACCAAGAUAUAGCUCAGCCCCAACUGUUUUAGAUGACGAUUUGCCUCCAUCUCUGUUGUCCGAGACUACUUUGUCAUCAGAAACAAAUCGAUGGUUGUUGGCCCAAAACUGGUUGCGUGUGUAUCAUGACAGCAUGGAGAAUGCUCUCUCGUGCUGGUUGACGGAGAGGAAUUGCCCAUAUACGCUCACACAUAGCGGCACCAAUGGACUCGCCAAUGUGUCGGGUCCACAAUGGUCAAAUCGAAUUUACCAGCGGGUGUGCAAUCUGGAUAAAGCCAUCAACAAUUUACCUGGAAGGAGGUUAUCGAGUAAAGAAAACUCAAUGGCAGAAAGGGCUCUCAAUGCAGCGGUGAUGGCUUUUGGUGUUCAAUGGGCCCAAGCUGGUGACAGGGGUGGUAUUCGCCAUCACACCUCGUCCUUUGCUGCCACCUCAAGUGUUCACGAGGAGAUGAAUCUCCCAACCGCAAACGAAUUCGGUAGGUCUGUACAAGAAACAUUGUGGAAUCAAGCCCGUCAAGCGUUACAGGACGCCGCUGGUGUUGAAUCCUACAGGGUCGCCUUCGCAAACAUCAUCUUUUCUCUCACUCAACGACCACUCAACCCUCAAGACUGGACUCUAACCAGGAGCUGGAAGCCUCGUGCUGAGAGCAUACAGUUGGCACCAACCUCUCCAUCUGACUGUGGUGUUUCUGCUGCUCACAGUGAAGGGUUGGAUUCGAGGUGGGACGCUCUUCAGGAGAUACUCAGUGCGGAUGGACCUCCCGUGUUUCUUGAAGCUGCAUCGAGACAGCUUAUAUCCUCUCGAUGGAAGUUGGAGCAGUACAAUCGAAAAAACGCGAGGAAGACAGUACGGUCGCCGGAUGGAUCUCAAUGGGAAGGGACUCGAGCUUGUGCAGCAAGCAUAGUUCUCAGCCGCGAACAUCGGGACACUUUCCGGCUCCUGUCCUGGCUGGCGAUAAUGUUCGAUACGCUCACUGCUGCAAUCCUUCGACGCCCUCCAGUUGUCCCAGAUGAAGACACCAGUAUUGAAUCUUCGGACCCAUGGGAAUCAACUUUGGAGUCUUCAGGUGGCUUGUCCAACUCAUCCGCCCGAGGCAUCGAUCUUGAUGGCUGGGAUGCCGGAUUACGUCCACGGAAACCGAAACCGAAACAGCAACUUCAAACCCCUGAUAUCUGGGAUGACCUCUUUCUCCAAGAUCAAGACUUUGAUGACCACGAAGUAAAACAACAUUCCUACAGCUUGGACGAUGCGGCUGCGGUCUUAUGUGAUGCUGCUCCUGUGAAAGUGUUACUUUUCCGCAAGGUAGGCCACAUCCAAAAGUUGAUGGCCCGAAGGGCUGGCAGCGAAGCGCUCGAGCAGGCAGUGGAUAAGGCCUUGAGUGUGUACAUGUUCUGGAACAGUUCAUUCGGAAAGUUCAUUACUCACUGCAUGCGCGGGCAUCACAAUCUUCCAGCUCGCAUCCAAUCAUGGUACCUGAUACUUGCAGGGCAUUGGCACCUUGGAGCCAUGUUGCUCGCCGAUGUCAUUGAGGAGAUGGACCAGGCUGGAUUGAGUCAUCCAGCACGAAAAAGGUCACGGCAGAUGUCUGACUUGUCGAAUGACAUGAGACGGAAAGAUGCCAUCGCCAUAUCCGAAUUGUGCCGAUGCUCUUUGUAUGGCUCUGCUUUGUCUUUUCCCGCAGCUCGUGAGUUUACAUAUCCUGUCAACCAGGUUGCAUUAUUGUCAGAGCCCUGGACAUUAGUGUUGAUACAGUCGUUCAGUCGUGCGGGAUACGUCUUUGUGAGUCAGCUGCAUGCACCUCGACGGCGGAGGAACGCAGAAUGGUCGACCGUCGAGGACGAAAGGAUCCUGGCCAGAAUGAGGUGCGAGUAUUGCAUCGAAGGCCUCCUCCAUCUCAGUAACAAGUCAGAUAUGGCUUAUCUCGCAGGGAAGUUUCUGAGGGAUUGUCUAAGCGAUUUAGCCGAAUAG